AUGCAGCAGUUGUUAUUCGUCUACGUACGUGUACUAGCAUUGAUUAUGAUGAAUAUAGUCAAGGAUCAUGAAGACAAUAUAAGAAAGGCACAAAUGGAAUUGACAGCGUCUCUCUUGUGUGAGAUCUCGUCUAGUCAAGUCUUGAAUUUUUCGUCUACACAAGAGCUUGAAAGUGUCAUUCUGGACUAUAACGCUCCAUGGAUUACUGCUCAAGGAAUCAAGACGUUAAGUGCGUGUGGAAAGUUUGUAGCAAUUGAAGAUGCAGGUGUAUUAUCUUACUAUAAGAGCAAUGAAACACUAUUAUUUGGACACGAGGUGAUGCAUACACAUGACUCGGACAGUGGUAGUGACGUUGCAGGGACUCUGUUGCGAUUGGGGGAUCAAAGGUUGGCAGACUUUGAACAAAAGCUGUUUGAAAACAACAAGGAUGUUUCGAGUGUGAUUUUGAGCCAUGUGCAAUUCCAGAACGUUGGUCAGCUGAUAGAGAACGCUACAUUUUGUAUGCUGAUACAUCGCUUCCAGUCACAGAAGUACAUGAUUCUUGGUAUCAUGCCGCAUUUAUAUGGCAGGCGUGAAGAAUCAAGACGAUUGAAUGGAAUUGAGAAAGUAUCAAUGUGCGGCUCUAGAUCAAGUCCUAUCGACGCAAUGACUUUUGAUGUAAAUUGUAAUUUGCUCGUGGUUCUUUCCGAUGGUGGAAGUGGCGUGACAUGA